AUGGCGGUGGGGAGCUCGAUGUGGCCAAGACCGGAGAGGUGCGGCGUGCUGGUGUGCACGAUUGUGAUGGCCUUCAUUUUUGUUGGCAUCGCUGCCGGUCGAUGCACUUGCAUCCAAGGCCUCCCUCGCAGCAAGCGCACCGACGCGUCCCCCGCCACCGGCUACUUCGUGCCAGGCCUGAACAAGACGGGCUGGGAUGUGCUGCAUGUGGUGGGCUCGCCCAACUACACGCCCGACCAGCAGAUGUUUGCCGCCGGCUACGUGGAGGGUUUCCUGACGGCGAAGCAGAUCUCGGACUGGUACACGAACUACGAUGCCAACCAGUUCCACACCAAGCCCGUCUCGGAUGGCCUGCGCAACUACCUCACCCAACAGCUCUCGUGGGCUCGUGCCAUGAGCGAGAAGAUGAAGCACACGUCGGACUACUGGAUGCACGUGUCCCUCAUCCUGCAACAGUUCGACGGACUCGUCGCGGGCUAUCAAGCGAGCCUCCUCCCUCACAGGAACCUAUCCUCCUUCGACUUGUACCUUCUCAAUUCUGCCGGAGACAUUGAGGAUCUGGCCAACCUUUACCCUCAGCCGGGCAUGCGCCGAUCGUUCAAGCCCGAGGCGCCCCUUGAGUUUACCGACUGCAGCGCUCUUAUCACGUUGCUGCCCAAGAGUGCGGACCUGUUCGCUGGGCACACCACUUGGACCGACUACUACAGCAUGAACCGAAUCUACAAGCACUAUUCGCUGCCCCUUACCGGAGCGGCCGCCGUGAACAUCUCCUUUUCGUCUCGCCCUGGAAUGCUGUCGUCCAAGGACGAUUGGUACACCAUGAGCUCAGGUCUCGUGUCUCUCGAGACCACUAACGCGGUCUACAACAAGUCGCUGUACGCCAACGUGAAGCCUGAGGGGUCGCUUCUGUGCUGGCAGAGGGCCAUGCUGGCCAACCGCUUGGCCAAGACCGGCAAGGAAUGGACCGACAUCUUCGCCCAGCAUAACUCUGGCACCUACAACAACCAGUGGAUGGUGGUGAACUACAACCUGUUCCAGGCAGGCCGCCCGCUGAAGGCCGGCACGCUGCACAUCCUGGAACAGAUCCCCGGCUACACCAUGAGCGAUGACGUCACGCAUGUGCUGGCCAGCCAGGGCUACUGGCCGUCCUACAAUGUGCCCUACUUUGAGUGGAUCUACAACAUCUCCGGCUGGACCGAAAUGCUGGCGAAGUACGGCGACAACUACUCCUACGCCAAAUGCCCUCGCGCCACCAUCUUCCGCCGGCCCACGUACAACGAUUGGCAACACGACCCGUUGGCCCUGAACGACCCCGCCAACGGCAUCUCCUCCCGCUACGACCUUCGCGGUGAUAUCGACAAGCCGGCCUUCGCCUUUGGCGGCAUCGAUUCCAAGGCCACGUCGUCCGCGAUGAUGAUCAACCCCGAGCGCAACAUGCUCGCCCUUGCCAUCAGUGGUCCCACGCACCAGCAGCAGACCCCGUUCGAGUGGACUGCCAAGUGGGAGGACGUGCACGAGGGCCAGCCCGCCCUUUGGAACUUCGAUUGGGUGGUCCACGAUUCCAACGCCAACCGCUCUUAG